AUGCCCCCGACCGCCAGCUCCCCGCCACAGCAGUUGGUAUGGCUUGUAUUCGGCGCAACUGGGCACCUCGGCCGCUCCAUCUGCCGCGUAGCGCUCAAGCGCGGCGAUCUCGUGACGGCGGUUGGAAACCGUACCGUACCCGGUGAAGAGGCGAGCAUGGAUGGAUGGCACAAGAACUGUCAGGGCUUGUGUGCGAUGGUUGUUAAUUGUACGGGAUAUGGAAUAAUAGGCGCCUGCGAAGACCAAGACAACCACGAAAUCCGCGCCCAAUUCACCACAAACACCCUCGGUACCCUGAACAUCCUCCAAAGCACCCUCCCCUACCUGCGCACGCGCCCCGGCGGCGGCGGCCAUUACCUCCUCUUCUCCUCCACGGCCGGCACUCUCGGUAUCCCCGGCCUCGGCCCCUACUGUGCCACUAAAUGGGCUAUCGAGGGCCUCGCCGAGUCGCUCCUGUACGAGGUCGAGCCGCUCGGAAUCAAGGUCACCAUCGUGAUCCCGGGGGUGUCACGCCGCGACGAGCCGGACGAGGCGCUCCAUGGGCCCGCGCCCAUGUGGGGGCACUUUCUACUCAAGCCGCCCGAGGAUGCGUAUAGGGCGACGAGUAGUCCGGCGCAGCAUGCGACGAGGAUGAUUGACUGGUUGAAGUAUAGGGAGCCGACGAGCGCGGUGAGGUGUGCGGAGAUUGUGUGGGAGUUGGCGCAUUGUGUGCAUCCGCCAUUGAGGCUGUUUAUUGGGAAUCAUGCGGUCGAGGCGAUUAGAGACCGGCUGAGGUCUACGAUUGAGGAGAUUGAGGACUGGAAACACCUCAAUUAUGCCAGUAGAGACGAAGACGGUGGUGGGAACAUGGGUGAGGGCGCAGAGUAG